CUCAAGGCCACCACUCAGCAGCACUCAAGCAAUAUCUGACUGCCCUGCUCAUGAGCACUGACUACUUCACUCAGCCACCACCAAGGUCCCUUGCAGAUGAUGUCAUGUACAAGAAGAUGGCCCACUGCUGUAGCAAGUUGCAGUGUCACACUCAGGCUGCCCUGCUCUGCCAGUUGAUGGAAGAGCCAGACUAUGGUGCAUCAUUCAAGUCUCUGAAUGAACGCCAGUGCCAGGACAGCUGUGAUUCACUCUAUGAGCAUGUGUUUGAUGUAACACUGCUCGAGUUCCUGGUGCACCUGCACACACGGCGUGGCGAGUUAGAGUCCCGCCAGAAGGCACUUCACUGCAUGGGCUUACUUGAGCUGAAUGCCAGCAACAAUGAAGAGAUCCAGCGAGAAGCUGCCAAUGUGCGCCGGGGAAACUUUCUGCGAGUCAUGGCCCGCCAGUACCUUUAGGCGCAUUUGUCACACAUUCAUGCACUUUAACAGCAGUUUCACACGGAGCCACAUGCAUAAGAACUUGUUCGAC